AUGCCCCCCCCAGCAGAGGUGACGGACCCAUCCCACGCCCCCGCCGUCCUGCGCCAGCUCAAUGAACAGCGGCUCCGAGGCCUCUUCUGCGAUGUCACCCUCAUAGCCGGGGACACCAAGUUUCCUGCUCACCGCAGCGUCCUGGCGGCUUCCAGCCCCUUCUUCAGGGAGGCCCUGCUUGCCGCAGCUCCGCUGCCCCUCCCACCAGCUAUUGGGGGCGCAGCCCCUAACCCUGCCGCCACCACAGCUGCCUCCUCCUCCUCCUCCUCCUCCUCCUCCUCCUCCUCUCCACCUCCAGCUUCGCCCCCGGCUCCCUCCCCACCCAGGGUCCUAGAGCUGCCGGGGGUCCCGGCAGCCGCCUUCUCCGACGUCCUCAACUUCAUCUACAGCGCCCGCCUGGCGCUGCCCGACGGCGGAGGGGAUGGGGCCGCCGUGGCCGAGAUCGGAGCCCUGGGCCGGCGCCUGGGCAUCUCCCGCCUGCAGGGCCUGGGGGAGGGAGGGGACGCCUGGGUGCCUCCCGCCCCGGCCACCGCGCAGCCCGGAGAGGACAGCUUUGGGCCGGGGCCCGCCGGGGAGUGGGAGAGCGACAGGGCGGAGGCCCAGGCCGCUGCCCCGCAGCCCGCCCUGCCCCGGCCGCCCCUGCCCUGCCCGCGGUGCGGGAAGAGCUUCAUCCACCCCAAGAGGCUGCACACGCACCAGGCGCAGUGCCGCCGCGGGGCCGGCGCCAGGGGCUCCGGGAGCUCCGGGGGCCCCGCCCGCAUGGACGCCGCGGCCCUGCCCCCCGCGGCGGGCCUCCGGGGGGGCCCCGAGCACGUGGUGAAGGUGGUGGGCGGCCACGUGCUGUACGUGUGCGCCGCCUGCGAGCGCUCCUACGUGACGCUGUCCAGCCUCAAGCGGCACAGCAACGUGCACUCGUGGCGCCGCAAGUACCCGUGCCGCUACUGCGAGAAGGUGUUCGCGCUGGCCGAGUACCGCACCAAGCACGAGGUGUGGCACACCGGGGAGCGCAGGUACCAGUGCAUCUUCUGCUGGGAAACCUUUGUCACUUACUAUAACCUGAAGACCCACCAGCGAGCCUUUCAUGGAAUUAGCCCAGGCCUCCUAGCCAGUGAGAAGACACCCAACGGAGGCUACAAGCCCAAGCUCAACACCCUCAAGCUGUACCGCCUGCUCCCCAUGCGGGCAGCCAAGCGACCCUACAAGACCUACAGCCAGGGAGCCCCCGAGGCCCCUCUUUCUCCAAGCCUCAACACACCGGCCCCUCCAGCAGUGCCAGCCAGCCCACCGCCUGGGCCCCCGCCUGCCCCGGAGCCCGGCCCCCCACCCUCCGUCAUCACUUUCGCCCGCCCGGCUCCCUCUGUCAUCGUUCACGGGGGCAGCGGUGGUGGAGGGACAGGGGGUGGGCUGGCCAACACAGGUGGGGCCCAUGCCGCCUCAGUCAUCACUUACACUGCUCCCCCGAGGCCCCCCAAAAAGCGUGAGUACCCACCUCCUCCCCCAGUGCCUACACCCACACCAACCAGCCCGGCCACGGCAGGCAGCCCGGCCACGCCUGCAGGGCCUGCCGCGGCCACCGAGGAGACCAAAGGCCGCAGCCUGCGGGCCGGAAGGACUCUGACCUACGUGGCUAAGCCAGCCGGUGGGAGUGGCGGGGACGGGGGUCCCCCCGCAGGGCCCGGCCGGGGCCCUCAGCUGCAGGUGCCGCCGCCGCUGUGUCAGAUCACUGUGCGAAUCGGCGAGGAGGCCAUCGUCAAGCGCCGCAUCUCAGAAACUGACCUGCGUCCCGGGGAACUGAGCACAGAGGAAGUGGAGGAGAGUGAGGAGGAGGAGGAAGAGGAGGACGAGGAGGAGGAGGAGGAGGAAUCGAAGGCCGGUGGGGAGGACCAACUGUGGAGGCCCUACUACUCGUACAAGCCCAAACGCAAGGCCGGUGCUGCAGGCGCGGGCGGCGGCGGGGGCAGCGGGACACCCAGGGGCCGCCGGCCGCCGCGCUGGAGACAGAAGCUGGAGCCCAGGAGCUGGGAGGAGAGCCCAGGGGCUGAGCGUAGGCACCGCUGCGGGGACUGCGCCCAGACCUUCGCCACCCAGAGGAAGCUGCGGAAGCACCAGGAGGCCCACAGCGGGGGCUCCCACGGCUCCCGGGCCGGACGGAGGUCUUCCCGCUUUGCCUGCCCUCACUGCGCCAAGGUGUGCAAGACGGCGGCCGCCCUGAGCCGCCACGGGCAGAGGCACGCUGCUGAGAGGCCCGGGGGCACCCCCACACCUGUCAUUGCCUACUCCAAGGGAAGCACGGCCGCCAGACCCGGGGAUGUCAAGGAGGAGGCCCCCCAAGAGAUGCAGGUCUCCUCAUCCAGCGGGGAGGCCGGGGGCGGGGCUGCUGCCGCCGAGGAGGCUUCGGAGGCCGCCUCAGUCCAGGACCCUGUCAUCUCGGGGGGUGAGGAGCUCCCCGCAGUGGCAGGAGGGGGCGCCUAUGCAUACCCACCUGUGCAGGAGUUCCCACUGGCUCUGAUUGGAAGUGGCCGGGAGCCAGGCAGUGGUAGGGGAAAGGGUGGUGGUGAGGGGCCGGUGGGGGCUGGGGAGGGGGACCGAAUGGAAGGGAUAGGAGCUGCCAAAGUCACCUUCUACCCCGAGCCCUACCCCCUCGUCUAUGGCCCCCAGCUCCUUGCUGCCUACCCUUACAACUUCAGCAACCUGGCUGCCCUCCCAGUGGCUCUUAACAUGGUCCUGCCUGAUGAGAAGGGCGGAGGGGCCCUUCCUUUCCUACCGGGGGUCUUCGGCUACGCAGUCAAUCCUCAAGCAGUACCCCCCGCACCCCCCACACCGCCUCCCCCAACUCUUCCUCCACCGGUCCCCCCUAAGGGGGAAGGGGAGUGGGCAGGGAUUGAAGGAACCCAGAAGGGAGAUGUGGGGUGA